AUGGAGGUCUCUGAGGACACCGUGCAGAAGAUUCAGAAAUUCGUCCAGAACCGGCAGACUGCGGAGAACGAGUCCGCGAAAGAGCCGCUUAGUGCAACGGCCCUGCAUGCCUAUGCACGACGCCUGGAUGGGACCUUGCAACAGCUUCAGGAGCAAGUCCGACGACAAGAGGAGGAGUUGGAAAAACUUCGGGAAAUUCGCUCCCAUGACCUUUGGGACAAUGACAACGACCCUUGGGCCCGCGUUUCCCGAGCACGGUGCGCCAAGAAGGCGUACGACUCUCUGUUGCAGAUCGAGGAUGACUUGCCAACAGUAGACUCUGUCUUACCCUCGCUUAUCGCAACCGAAGAAACCUCGCAGCUCAUCAAGGAUGGCAAGAUGUCAGUCUUGGUAACUGCAGACACGCUAUCUGCCGAUCGCGAGCGUCUCCGCAUAGAAGAGGCCAACUUGCGUGACUCCCGCGCAAUUUCCACAGGCCUUCGCGAGCGAAUCCAACGGAUUCGCAAUGCCAACGCACGAAAGCAAGAGCAGACGCCCUCCCAAGUAGCCCGAGAGGUUGUUCGGGAACAAAAGAACAAGAACAAGGGCAUGGACCGGGCAUCUGAGGAGCUCAAGGAGCUUCUGGAUAGAUUCAUUGAUGAGACACUGGCACCAAUGCUCGCGGCCGAGGAUCUAGGUGGUCCCACGGUUGGCGAUGCUCUAGAGGUGUCUGACACGACGCUGAAGGCGGGAUAUACAGCUCAUGGGAAGCCAAAGAAGCCGAAGGAGCCCGCUGAGCAAGAGGAUGGAAACCAGCAGCGAAUUGAUCAAAUGCUUCGUCGCAGCACAGAUGGCUCGAACCCCGCAAACAAGCGAGAAGCUGCCGCAGCGGAAGUACACAAUCUACUCAAUGCUUUGCUAGAAGCCGGGACCUCAUAUGUCGAUUUGAAACGAGAUUCGGCCGUCUCCCGGUUUCUUGUGCGAGCCAGGGUGGCCCAAUUUCACCCAAGGGACGCACGACGCCUACGGCUAAUCGAUUUUGGUCGAUCGUUGGGCGACUAA